AUGUCAUGUCUUUCAGGUUAUUUCAGCAUCUUUGUAGACAACCGACUGCCUCAUUCUUCUUCAUUUGCUUGUCAAAAAACUGCUAUAUCCGCCACAGGGGAUGAGGCGUACAACUCGGUGAGGCAGGCCAUUUCCUGCGGAUACCGCCACAUCGACACUGCCUUUGUCUACGAAAACGAAACUCAAGUCGGGAAGGCAAUCCGCGAAAAAAUAGCGGACGGAACUAUCAGACGGGAAGACAUUUUUGUGACCACGAAGGUUGAGCGUUAUCCCCAUGCUUAGCUGUGGUCGACAUAUCACCAGGAACAUGACGUGAUGAUGAACCUGCAUUUGUCUCUCAACAACCUGGGACUGGAUUACGUCGAUCUGUACUUGGUCCAUUGGCCAAUGAGCUUCAAGGUUGUCACAUUGCUCCAUUUAGCCGGGGACGAUUUAUUCCCCAAGGAUAAGGACGGGCGGACAAUUGAGGGACCCGGAGACAUCGAGAGCACGUGGAAAGGAAUGGAGGCCACCAAGAGAGCAGGACUUGCCAAGAAUAUCGGCGUGUCCAACUUUAACCCCACUCAACUCGAGCGAAUUCUGUCCAGUUCUAACAUCCAGCCGGAAGUCAACCAAUUCGAGGCUCACCCUUUUUUGGAUAAUCGAGAUUGGAUUGACUUUGGCAAGGCCAAUAACAUCAUUACCACUGCCUACAGUCCUCUGGGCUCCCCCGACCGUCCAUGGACCAAGGAUGUUCUGUUUGUGGAAAAUGAAACAGUCAGGGAAAUUGCUGCCAAAUACGACAAGUCGGCCGUCCAAGUGCUCCUUCGAUUCCACAUCGACAGAGGAUGUGCUGUCAUUCCUAAGAGUUUGAAUCCGGCUCACAUUCAGAGCAAUUUGGAUGUGGGAGAUUUUUGUGUUUUUUUAGAUUUUUGAUUUUGAGUUGUCCGCGGAGGACAUUGCGAGGUUGAAUGAACUGGGACAGGACUACCGUGCCGUUCGACUGGA